AUGGCAUCUGCGAAAUUGUUUCUUGCUAUGGCCAUUUUGGCCACCUUCUCAAUUUCCGUGAAUGCCGGAUUUCUGGACUACAUUUACCCCACCGUCAUGGCAGAGUUCUAUAGUCUGGCACCUACAAAAGAGGGUUAUCGUUUCAACUUGGAGGAACCAAAUGGCAGCAAACGUGAAGAAAUCGGUGUAGUAAUGAAUCCCGGCACAGAUGACGAACAGCUCGUCGUAAUGGGUACCUACACGGUUUACGAUGAGAAAACCGAUAUCGAAACAAUUACGAUGUAUACAGCCGAUAAGGAUGGUUAUAAGCCACGCUAUAUGAUCAAGAAUCGCAAAUUGAGCCCUGGCGCACUGAAGUCUGCGGCCGGUUAAGAUGAAAAGCAUUCACUUAAGUUAAUUUUAAUUUUUUUUUUAAUAGCUAGUGAGUUUAGCUAAGAAUUUUUUAAUUGUAAAGUAUUUCCUGUACGAUUUUUUGCCUAACAACUGCCAUAUAUUAUAGAUUUCAAUAAACAUACAUAUGUACAUAUACAUAUAUGAA